AUGCACUCCAACACUCCAACACAUGCACUCCAACACUCCAACACAUGCACUCCAACACUCCAACACAUGCACUCCAACACUCCAACACAUGCACUCCAACACUCCAACACAUGCACUUCAAAACACAUGCACUACAACACUAAAACACAUGCACUUCAACACGUGCACUUCAACACGUGCACUCUAACACUCCAACACACAUGUCAGGAAACACACAAAUACAUCGUGUACACCGUAAGCACCUCUCCUUUUUCAAAUGCUAGCAUAGGAAUUGAUGAAUAUGUCAAAGAAAGGAGUGAUUUGAAAUGUUCUGUCAGAAAAAAAUAUACACACGGACACACAUUCAAAAACAAUCUCACAAGCAUUCAUUGCAGGCACACUCUUAUUUCACCAGAAGCAACCAUCCAGUCAUCAGCGCUAACUGACGUGGCUGAAUGA